AUGGCAACGCAAUACGACCUUCGCCCACCGCCGCCGUUCGUGGGGGCGGAUCCGAUGUAUCCUACGCACUACCCUUAUCCAGACCCCACCGUGACAGGCCGUCGACUCACGCCCGCACAUACUUCGACUGGACACCCGUCGCAUAGGAUGGCGCCUGGUACUCACGCCUAUCAUGGGCCCGCGCAUCAAUAUCUUCCCGCAGCUGCGCCGGCGUCGUAUGACCGACACAGACCAGCACUUCCUCCGCCCGCACCAGUUCCCGCCUACCAUGCACAACAUCCACCCCCUCUUUCGGACCCGUAUGCGUUGCAAGACCCAUACUUCCAACAAUCAACCUAUGCACACCCGCCUAUACCGCAUGCCGGCUACGUCCCUUCACCACCUACACCCGCGAUCGGCUAUAUACCCUCUCCGCCUCGCGACGGGUACGGGUAUGAGCAUACAUCAGCGCCAUACAUACCUUCGCCUAUCAACCCCGCAUACAACUACGCUCCUACACCGGCUGUACACCGCGUUUCGCGUUCGCCAUAUCGAGAACCCAUCCCGCCGCUAUCGUACGACGACAUGCCUCCGCUAGUAGCCUCACACGUCCCGCCUCCGCAAAUGUACACCCCGCGCACACUCGUCACGCCGUCAACGCAGCCUCGUUCCGAGCCUGUAACGCCGAUUCAUCCAAGCCGGCCUGGUACGGCCAACGCAGCGUUUUGGCCGCCCAGCCCGCCACCCACAAUGACUCCGGCGACUGCGCACGCGAGUACACCUGCCACGACGGCAACGGCGUACACGCCCCUUCCUGCUACACGCGCGCCUUCGCGCUCUCGACGGCGCUCUCAUUCCGGUAUACCGACUCCGUCAAGCUCGUACCAAGAACAUGCGUCUCUGCUUCCACUCAGUAUGCCGCUCGGGUACCCUGCAUUUGGUACAUCGACGCCGGGAGCGAUAUCCGCUCAUUCGUCGUAUAUCGGUACACCCGCUGCGAUGGGCGCGGGUGUAGCGAUGGGAGGACACAUGACGGCUGCUCAGAUUUUACAAGCCGAAGUGGGGUAUCCUGCGCCUGGGUCGAAUAUAUGGGCUGGGAGUCAAGGCGUGAACUGGCCGCCAAGCUCGGAGGAGGUCAGGAGGUUGAAGGCGCAAGGUGUGGUGCAGAGCGGCGAGAUCGUCCUAGCGCCUUGGCUCGUACCCAACCCGAACGACGUCAACAAUCCCGCGUUACGAUGGGACGUCGCGAGCGAGCCCACGACGAGCGCUAUGCGCCUCACUAGUAGGGGCACACUCGUAAGGGCCAGAAGUGCCGGAGAGAUCUGGGACGGCCCUGUUGCGAGAGGAGUUAGCGAGAGUGGACGAGGGAAGAUAGGGAGGGUGGCGGUCCAGGUCGUCAAUGGUGGAAAUCGCGACGACUGUAUCGUCGAUGAGUUUGACGUCGGAGCGGAUAACGGUGGAGAAGUGACAAUCGGUCGAUUACUCGAAACUUUGCACGAAUGGGCGCGCAGUCCAGUAGACUCUGCCGAAAUACACGCAAUCCGAGCGAACGAACCGGCACGAUACGAUAGGAUUUGCGCGCAUUAUCACGCUCGCGUUCAACAGGAGAGGGGCGGGACUGGCGUGGACAGGCUGAGGUACAGCGGGGAGGUGCUGAGAGUGUGUGAUGCGCUUGAAGGGAGGAGGAGCUGGUGGGGUGCUUGGGUGCAUCAUGCCGGUGUGGAUGGAACGGGGAGGGGGACCCUGUGGGUGUUGAGGGUUGGACUGGCUGAUGUAUGA